GCCUACCAGCGAGUGUUUGUUGUGAGGUUAGGAUUUUUCGAAACGAAAGGUUUUUAAUUACAUUUUAUUAAAGGAACCUUAGCAUCUACAAUGAGUUACUCUAAAUUCGAUCUAACUUUUAAAAUUGGCCAAUAUUUAGACCGUCACCUUGUUUUUCCAUUAUUGGAGUUUUUAGCUGCAAAAGAGACAUAUGAUCAGUCAGAACUUUUACAAGCAAAACUGGAAAUCUUGAGUAAAACUAACAUGAUAGAUUAUGUUAUCGAUAUCAGAGGAAUGCUCUAUCCUGAUGAAGACACGCCUGAAGAAAUUAAGUCACGUAGAGGUGUAGUACUUUCUCAACUACAAAUACUUCAAGAUGCAGUUGAACCAGUACUAAGGCUUAUGCAGAGAGAUGAUGUUAUGAAAACAGUAGAGACAAUGAGAGAUCCCAAAACCUUAAUUAACUAUUUAACAACUAACAAGGAGUUUGAGUUCAAAAUAGAAAUGAUUGAUAGCAUGUACCGACUUGCUAAAUAUCGAUAUGAGUGUGGAAACUAUGUGGAAUCAGCAUCAUAUCUAUACUUCUGCCAACUUGUCAUGUCCCCCACAGAUAAGAAUUAUCUUUCCGUUCUAUGGGGUAAACUGGCGAGUGAAAUCUUAGUACAAAAUUGGGAUGCUGCUCUUGAUGAUCUAACCAAAUUAAGAGAAUUUAUUGAUAAUGGUGCGGGCGGUGCAACCGCUAAUAACAUGCAAGCACUUCAACAAAGGACAUGGCUUAUACACUGGUCACUCUUUGUAUUUUUCAACCAUGUUAAAGGACGCGAUCUUAUAAUUGAAAUGUUCUUGUACAAACCACUAUACUUGAAUGCUAUUCAAACUAUGUGCCCUCACAUUCUUCGUUACUUAGCUACUGCCGUCAUCAUAAAUAGGUCGAGACGGAAUGCUCUUAAAGACCUUGUAAAAGUUAUACAGCAAGAAGCUUACACAUACAGGGAUCCUAUCACUGAAUUCAUUGAGCAUCUGUAUGUGAAUUUCGAUUUUGAGGCAGCACGUAGAAAACUUAACCAGUGCCAGGCUGUGUUGUCAACAGAUUUCUUUUUGAUUGCUUGUCUGGAAGAAUUUGUUGAAAAUGCUCGUCUGAUGAUAUUUGAAACCUUCUGUCGUAUUCACCAAGUAAUAAGUAUUGGUAUGUUAGCAGAAAACUUGAACAUGCAGCCUGAUGAAGCAGAAUGUUGGAUAGUUAACCUCAUCCGCAAUGCACGACUUGAUGCUAAGAUUGAUUCAAAGUUGGGUCAUGUAGUGAUGGGGGCACAACCAUUAUCUCCAUACCAACAACUUGUGGAAAGAAUAGAUUCCUUAGCUGUGCGGUCUGAAGCCCUUACUUCUCUGGUGGAACGGAAACAGAAAACUCGAAAUCAAGAUAUCCGUUGGGGAGCACAAGAAUUCUGAAUUUAAUAAACAAUCUUAGUUUUCCCUUUUAUAAGAAACAAAUUUUGUACAUGAUGCAACCAUAUUAUGUAUUAAUAAAUAUUAUUUCUCAAUUAC